GCACUCAUUUUAUGCAUAUGGAUUCUGAAGAGCAUAAAUCCCAGAAAGAUGAUGUCCUUGUAUCUCAAACACUUGAUAUGAAGAAAGAGGAUAUAUUAUAUAAAAUAGAAGAUAUUCCACCAUGGUAUCUUUGCAUUUUUCUUGGAUUACAGCACUAUCUCACUUGCUUCAGUGGAACCAUUGCUAUACCAUUUCUCCUUGCAAACGCUCUUUGUGUUGGAAAAGACCAGCAUACUGUGAGUCAGUUAAUUGGGACAAUAUUCACUUGUGUGGGAAUUACUACACUCAUCCAAACAACUGUCGGCAUCAGGCUGCCACUUUUCCAAGCAAGCGCCUUUGCUUUUUUGGUUCCAGCAAGAGCAAUAUUAACAUUGGAGAAAUGGAAAUGUCCACCUGAAGAAGCAAUUUAUGGAAAUGGGUCUGCACCAUUUAAUACUUCACACAUAUGGCAACCAAGAAUUAGAGAGAUACAAGGUGCUAUUAUAAUGUCAAGUAUAGUAGAAGUUUUCAUUGGGCUUACUGGCUUACCAGGAGCACUGCUCAAUUAUAUUGGACCUCUUACUGUUGCACCAACAAUAUCUUUAAUUGGUCUAUCUGUAUUUGAAGCUGCUGGACAAAGAGUAGGAUCCCACUGGGGCAUAUCAAUCAUGACUCUAGUAUUGAUAAUACUGUUUGCACAGUACCUUCGAAACAAAACAAUCAUCUUUCCUGGAUACCAGUACGGAAAAGGACUGAGGGCAUAUAAAAUACAAAUUUUCAAGAUGUUUCCGAUAAUAAUGGCUGUUAUGGUGAUGUGGCUUCUGUGUUAUAUUUUAACCCUAAGCGGUGUAUUUCCAAAAGAUAGUAAAACAUAUGGCUAUGGUGCAAGAACUGAUGCAAGGGGUUCAAUCAUGACCAGUUCUCCUUGGUUCCGCUUUCCAUAUCCAUGUCAAUGGGGAGUACCUACAGUAACAAUUGCUGGAGUAUUAGGAAUGUUUAGUGCUACACUGGCUGGUAUCGUUGAAUCCAUGGGUGAUUACUAUGCCUGUGCUCGAUUAUCGGGAGCCCCUCCUCCACCUGUUCACGCUAUUAAUAGGGGAAUAUGUUUAGAAGGAAUAUGCUGUGUUAUUGCUGGAUUGCUUGGAACUGGAAAUGGAUCUACUUCUUCAAGUCCAAAUAUAGGCAUUUUAGGAAUUACAAAGGUUGGCAGCAGAAGAGUUGUACAAUAUGGAGCUGGAAUCAUGUUUAUAUUGGGAACAAUAGGAAAAUUUACUGCUUUGUUUGCCUCUAUUCCUGAUCCUAUUCUUGGUGGAAUGUUUUGCACAUUGUUUGGAAUGAUAACAGCUAUUGGCCUUUCAAACCUUCAGUUUGUGGAUAUGAAUUCUUCUCGGAAUUUAUUUGUUUUGGGUUUCUCUCUAUUUUUCGGCUUAACAUUACCCAACUUCUUAGAUUCACAUCCUAACUAUAUUAACACAGGUAUAUCAGAAGUGGAUCAGAUAUUGACUGUACUCCUAACUACAGAAAUGUUCGUUGGUGGCUGCAUUGCAUUUUUUCUGGAUAAUACACUACCAGGCACUCAAGAAGAACGGGGCUUGGUGAAAUGGAAACAAGGACCGGAUGAAAACAACCAGGGUUCUGAUGAUUUGAAAAGCUAUGAUUUUCCAUGUGGAAUGGGUAUAAUAAAAUACAUAAAAUGUUUCAGGAAUAUACCUAUUUGUCCAGUUUUUAAAGGAUUUAGGUCCAACAAAUUCCAGCCUUUUACAAUUAAGGAAAAUAAUGAAAGUAAAGGGAGCAUGUGUACUAAAGUCUAAAGCACAGCCAUUUUAGUUUUUAUUGAUAUUAUUCCUUGAUUAUAUUUACUAUGUUAAAGUUAAUGAAAUAUUGUAUUAGCCAUAAAUAAAUGUAAAAAAUGCAUAUA